AUGGGAUACAGGCGUGAUUGUAUGUAUGUAUGUACUGAAAAAAAUGUUGCAUUAUUUUGUUACAGAUCACAAUAUAAUCAAACACAAUGGAGAACAUGACAACAUAUAGAAACUUAUAUUGGGAUUUGAGAAAAAGUUCAUACCCGGAAAUCGACCAGCUACCCCUGAUGGAAAGUCCAGGGACCAUGCUGGUCAUACUGACAGCUUACUUGGCCUUCGUCCUGCGAGUCGGGCCCACUUUUAUGAGAAAGCGGCAACCUUACAAGCUGAAGACGACGUUAUUGUUGUAUAACGCUGUACAAGUAGCGAUAUCUGCGUAUUUAGUGCUAAUGUUUGUCAGAAAUAUCCUUGAGUUUGGUCUUAUUCCGAAGACAUGCCACAUGACACACGACUAUUCUCGUAAACAGAUAAUAACCAGCACAUGGGUAUACCUCAUCGCCAAAACCACGGAGUUAGCCGAUACAAUAUUCUUCGUUCUCCGCAAAAAGGACCGGCAAGUCACAUUCCUCCACAUAUACCACCAUACAAUCAUGGUGUUAGCCACGUGGGGGAUAGUGAAGUACUGGCCGACAAACGCUCUGAUGUUCGCAGGUUGUGUGAACUCGCUGGUGCAUGUGGUUAUGUACACUUAUUACGGAUUGGCGGGCCUUGGGCCGAGUGCGACCAAGUAUUUGACGUGGAAGAAGUAUUUGACUACGUUUCAGUUGGUACAGUUCGUUUCGGUAAUAAUGCAGUACAGUACAGCAGUAGUCGUCUCGGACUGUCCUCCACAGAAGUCCUUCAAUAUCUUCGUAGUCUGCAAUACAGCGUUCUUCUUACUGCUCUUCAGCCAGUUUUACAUGAAAUCAUAUUUGAAGAAGAAGGAAUAACAUAAUAAAUAUAUGUGUAGUUUAUUUAGAUAAAACAAAGACAUAGAUAUUGUCCAAGGAUUAUUUAUAUAAGUUUUACAAUUUUAAUACUAAGAAUCGUACCUUCAUUUUUUUAGCGCCAUCUAUUGAAUACUAUCAUAACUACACUACUGA